GAGCUGCUCACUCUAGGCCGGGGAUUGACAGGCCUUUCACAGGAGACAGAGGAGGCGGAGGCAGCAGCGGCAGCAGCAACAACAGCAGACGACGCGGAGAGGCAGCCGAGAGAAGCCUGGGAGGUUCCAGCCGCCGCCGCCUCUGCCCUUCAAUCCGCCGCCAUCCUGCCCCCCGAGUCUCCCCGGCCCCCCGCCACCGGCCCCCGCAGGCGCGCCCGGCUCUCUACAACCACCACAGGUAGAUCGGGAGCGGCGCAGAGAAAUUUCCUUACUAGAUGACAUUUCAUCGCAAUGUCCGAUCGUUUGGGGCAAAUAACCAAGGGAAAGGAUGGGAAAAGCAAGUACUCGACUCUCAGCCUGUUUGAUAAGUAUAAAGGAAAGUCAGUAGAAGCUAUCAGAACUACAGUUAUUCCUCGACAUGGCUUACAGAGUCUUGGGAAAGUUGCUGCUGCCCGGCGCAUGCCACCUCCCGCCAACUUGCCAAGUUUGAAGUCUGAGAACAAAGGAAACGACCCCAAUAUCAUCAUAGUACCCAAGGACGGAACAGGAUGGGCAAACAAGCAGGAUCCGCCAGACCAAAAGAGUUCCAGUGCAACGGCCGCACAGCCGCAGGAGUCGCUGCCGCAGCAGGGUUUGCCGAAAUCUGUCUCCAGUUUACAGAAGCUGACCCAGUCAAUCAGUCAGGAGAGUACAAAUUCAGUGCAAGGUGGACCAAAGUCAUGGGCACAGCUGAAUGGAAAGCCAGCCAGACCAGAAGGUGGUUCAAGGGCCUCAAACCGACUGUUAUCCUUCUCUCCCGAGGAAUUUCCAACGCUGAAAGCAGCUGGCGAGCAGGACAAGGCUGGCAGAGAAAAGGGCGCCUUAGAUCCGUCGUAUGGGCCCGGACCAAGCCUCCGCCCUCAGAAUGUCACUAGUUGGAGGGAGGGCGGUGGGAGGAACGUAACCUCUGCCACAUCUCUGACCGCCUCCCUGACUGAGCCGGGCAGCAAGACCUCUAGUGCAGGAGACGGAGCCCCCUCCUCAGCGAACGCCAGCGACCCUAAGGAGCCCUCUCUUCGCCCGACUCAGCCUCUCCGCAAAGGGGCUUCGCAGUUCAUGGCAAACGUCUACCAGCCGCCAAUGUACCAUGACAUGCUACCAGCUUUUAUGUGUUCAAACCAGCCCUCCGAGACCCCUGGGCCCAUGGAUCGUGGGUCCUUUCCCCUCCCGCAAUUUCGCCUGGAACCCCGUGUCCCUUUUCGACAACACCAGACCAGCGACCAAGACGGAAAAGAGAACAGGCUUGGGCUCUCGCGCCUGCCUCGCCCAGUCCGGCCGCAAGGGGAGCGGGUCCCCCGGCCCACCAUCAUCAAUGCGGAGAACCUGAAAGGGUUGGAUGCUCUUGACAACGACACAGACGAAGGCUGGGCAGGCAUCCACGAUGAAGUGGACUAUUCCGAGAAACUGAAGUUCAGUGAAGACGAGGAGGAGGAAGAGACCCACAAAGACGGAAGGCAGAAGUGGAACAACUGGGACCUUCGGAGGCAGCGGCAGCUCUCCCUGAGCUCGGCAGACAGCGCAGAUGCCAAACACCCCCUGGAGGAAGGGAAGCACUGGGGCGACCCAGCUGGCUUGGCUCGGCCAAUCCGGAAGGCACAAGAAGGUCUGCCACCGUCGAGGAAGGUGAACGGCUGGGCUCCCCUUUCGGAUUAUCAGAAGCCCCCAUUGGGGUGCCUGAAGCAGCAGUCUUCCGAGGACAAGGAAGAGAAGCUCCCCUUGAGGCAGAAAUUUAUUCACUCCGAGAUGUCGGAGGCCGUGGAGCGGGCCAGGAGACGGCGCGAGGAGGAGGAGCGCCGAGCCCGGGAGGAGCGCCUGGCGGCCUGUGCUGCCAAACUGAAAGAGCUGGACCAGAAGUGCAGGUUGGCCCAGAAAGGAGAAGGCCCCAAGCACAUUGAGACUGAAGAGCCCAGACCCUCUGGGGUGGAGAAGAACACCGCUCCUGACAACAGCCACGCGGUCCGAAGAGCCAAUCCUGACUUUCACAGCCAGGAAGCCACGUCUGGUUAUGUGGAAGAAGAGACCCCUGUGGCAUCAGCGGCUCAUCGGAGCAGCAGCGAGGAAGAGCUCCGAGAGGCGGCAUCUCCUGGCCAAGAAUUCAGCAAAUACUCCAAAUUGCUCCCGCCACGGUUCCAGCGGCAGCAGCAACAACAGGACCAGUUGUACAAGAUGCAGAGUUGGCAGCAGCCCCAGGUCUAUCCUCCAUCCUCCCACCCUCAGCGGACUUUCUACCCGCCCCACCCGCAAAUGCUGGGCUUCGAUCCCCGCUGGAUGAUGAUGCCUUCUUACAUGGACCCUCGCAUGGGUCAGGGGCGCCCCCCAGUGGAUUUCUACCCUUCUGCCCUCCAUCCAUCAGGGAUUAUGAAGCCCGUCAUCCAACAGGACUCCGUCAACGGGACUUCCUGUCAAGAAGAGCAGAGCUGCCAGUCCUCAGUCCAACAGGAGAGGAAAACUCUUCCUGGGGAGUGUGCCCCAGUGUGGGGUCAGGACUGCUUCGCUCCUUCGCAGAGCAAGGGCAGCCCCAUUUCGCGCCCCAAGCAGACAGAGGGCAUAUCCGGGGAGGGACUGCGUGCCAGGAAUGACAGCACUUAUUCGGCCCAGCAAGAUCUCUUUGAGGAGUCCGGGGACGACUACUUAAAUGCCUUUGAAGAGAAGGCCCAAGCAAACUUUGACAGUUGCAUUGCCUCCUCCCAGCGGAUGAGCCAGGAUCGCCUCUUCCAGAGCCAGGAGAGCACAUCAGAUGCAUGUAUGCCUGACUCCCGCCACAUGAACCCGAGGAAUUCCCCCUUUGAGGCCAGCCUGGCCCCUACUGAUAAGAAAGCAGAGUACAACGGCUGGGAUGUCAGCCAUUAUCCCAAACCCACAGAUGGGACGGCUUCUGCAGAGGAGGAGGCGUCCCGGGAUGAGCAGUCGUUUAGUGACGAGGCAUGGCGGAAAGAAGGAGCCACCACCAAACAGGCCUCUGCUGAGGCAGGAUGGGCUCCCGAGAACCGGAACGGCAGCAACCAGCAGCAGGAGCAAAUAGGUAGGGCUCGUAGAUCUGGGCCAAUAAAGAAGCCGGUGCUGAAAGCCCUCAAAGUUGAGGAAAAGGAGAAAGAGCUGGAGAAGGUUAAGGUGGAGGUGGAAGAAGCCUCCCGACCAGCUAAGGAAAAGGCCCCGCCUCAAAAGACAACUGAGGUGGACAACGACAAUUCAGAAGCUUUGCUCCAGUCUGCUCGCUGCCGUUUGCUGGACGACAAGAGCUCAUCUCGGGCUGCUGUCCGAGAAGCGGACAAACCUCAAGAAGAGGAAGAGGAGGAGGAGGAACAGCAGCUGGAGGAGGAGGAGGAGGAGGAGAAAAAUGGAAAAGCUUGGGAAGGCAGACAUCAAGCACGGGAGUCCAGUGACCUGCCCCCCACCAAAAGGAACAACUGGAUCUUUAUUGACGAGGAACAAGCUUUUGGCGGGAGGGGUCGUGGCCGUGGCCGAGGUUUCCGAGAGUUCACGUUCAGAGGGCGGGGCACCACUGUGGGCUGUGGGGGUGGAGGCAGCAGCACCACCACUACCGGUAGCAGCAGAGGAGCCUACAACAAUAACAACACCGCGGUCAGCAACACACAAAGAAGCAGCAGAGGGCGGGCCUUGAGGGAGUUUAACCAGCCGGAGGAGUUUCCACGAGGGAAGCCCAGGCGUCGGAUCGCCAGCGAGACCCACAGCGAAGGUUCGGAGUACGAGGAGCUCCCCAAACGACGACGUCAGCGGGGUUCGGAGAACACCAACGAAGGCUCGCUCGCGGAAAGGGAGGAGAGCGACCUCAAGAAAGGAGAUUUCCAGGACUCCUGGCGGUCCAAUAAGAUCUAUUCAGACGACCAUGCUGGCCUGGAUGCAAAGACGAGGGCCCCGCGAGCAUUCGGCCGUUCACUGCCACCUAGGCUUAGCAAUUCUGGGUAUGGGCGAAGAGGCUUUGUUUCCAAGGAGCCGCUGCAGUGGCAAGGGAGGAGUGGGGGAAGCACAUGGCAGGAGUACAGUCAUGGCACACCUCUGGACACCUUUGGGGUCAGGCGCCAGUCUGACAGGGACUACGGCCAAGACUCUUAUAAGCACUCGGACUCCUUUAGCAGGCGGGCCUUCGAGGAGGAUCCCAUUGACAAGAGGCACUACUUCCAGGAGGAUUACGGGGGUGACCCCGAAAACACUGAGAACCGCCCUUUCCGUCGACGGCGUCCCCCGCGCCAAGACAAACCUCCCAGGUUCAGGCGUUUGAGGCAGGAGCGUGAGUCUGUUGGGCAGUGGAACCCCGAAGAUGGUGGAACCAACCUCUUAGCCUGCCAGUGGCCUGGGAGAACAAAGCUGAACGUGACAGACCGGAACGGCACUUCCGUGAGGAGAUCUCCUGAACUGCCCUAUCAGAACUCGUCCGACCACGCCAACGAGGAGUGGGAAACAGCCUCCGAAAGCAGUGAUUUCAGUGAGAGGCGGGAGAGACGUGAGGGCGUCUCAGAGAGCGACGCCCAGCUGGACGGUGGCCUUGUCAGUGGCGGCUUGGGGGAGAAGAGGGAGCAGGCCAAGAGGAGCUUUUCGAGCCAGAGGCCCCUCGUGGACCGGCAAAGCAGGAAGGUCGAUCCGGCAGGAUACAGUGACAAAGGCGGAAGAACAAACGGGACCUCUUCCCGCUACGAAAGUCAGUCCAAUGGAGCGCAGAUAAAAAGCAAAAGAUCCCCGGAAGAAAACGGAGGCCUGGACCCCGGCAGCAACAGCAGCGGCCACUUGGUCUACGGCUCCCACGCUAACUUGAACAGCGCCGAAGGGCUGGGCAAAAAGCAGGAGCGAGAACAGAAACCUGCCUCGCAGCAAGCUGGCGAGAAGGGAGAGGCGAUCUCUCAGUUUGAGCUGAACUACGGAAACGGUAUCCUAGACAGCCGCGUGUCGGGCCCUUCAGAGGAGAGCGAAGUGAGCCCCAUUGGUGGGGAAGGCUUCAUCGAGGUCCUGACAAAGAAACAGCGGCGCCUGCUGGAGGAGGAGCGGAGGAAGAAGGAGCAGGCUGCCCAGGCUCCGGCCAAAGGCCGUGUCCUUCAGUCCCGGAUGCCCCCUCGCUUUGCCAAGAAACAGAACAGCAUGUGCCUCGAACAAGGAGAUGUUUCAGUGUCUGGAAACAGCCUGGGCACAGAAAUCUGGGAAACCAACAGCCCAGGAGCUCUCUCCGUACAGUCACCAGGCACCGAUUCCUGGAGUAAACCUGGCAAUGCCUUUACUAGCAAUGAGUCUGGCUCCACUGAGCAGGGAUUUAAAGGCAGCCAGGGGGAUAGUGGAAUUGACUUGAGCGCGGAGUCGCGGGAGUCCUCCGCCACUUCCUCCCAGCGCAGCUCUCCGUACGGCACUCUCAAACCCGAAGAGAUGGGCGGAACUGGUCUGGUGGACUCCAAGCCUGACUGCCAGAAAGAACAAGUUCCAAAGCAGUCGGAGAAAAAGGAUUCAGACCAAGGCUCGAGUCAGAACAAGGAUCACAAGCCCGGACCGAUCGGCAACGAGCGCUCCUUGAAAAACAGGAAGGGUUCGGAGGGAGCGGAACGCCUGGAAGGCACCGUCCCCCCAGUAAAUGGGGUGGAGAUUCACGUGGACUCUGUUCUCCCUGUGCCGCCCAUUGAAUUCGGAGUAAAUCCUAAAGACUCCGACUUCAGCCUGCCCUCCGGCUCAGCCUCCAGCGCUGCCACCAACCCUGUCACCAAAUUGCAGGAUGCCUUAGCCAGCAACGCUGGGCUUACGCAGUCCAUUCCCAUUCUCCGAAGAGAUCACCUCCCCCGGUGCAUCAGCCUGAACCCAAUGUCUUUCCCCACAGCAGAUCUAACUCUUAAAAUGGAGUCGGCACGUAAAGCUUGGGAGAACUCUCCGAGCCUACCGGAACAGAGCUCUCCCGGAGGGGCUGGUUCCGGCAUUCAACCUCCUUCCAGUGUCGGGGCUUCCAAUGGGGUCAGCUACAGCUCCUUUGGCGGUGUGUCUGUGCCACCAAUGCCUGUGGCUUCCGUAGCACCAUCUGCUUCGAUUCCAGGUAACCACAUCCCACCCCUUUACUUAGACGGGCACGUGUUUGCAAGCCAGCCGCGCCUCGUCCCCCAGACGAUUCCUCAGCAGCAGAGCUACCAGCAGGCUGCUGCCGCUCAGCAAAUUCCGCUUUCUCUCCAUACAUCAUUGCAAGCCCAAGCUCAGCUGGGGCUGAGGGGUGGCCUUCCGGUUUCACAGUCCCAGGAGAUCUACAGCUCCAUCCAACCCUUCAGAUCUCAGGUCUACAUGCAUCCCAGCCUGUCGCAACCCAGCCCCAUGGUCCUAACAGGAGGCACUGCUCUGAAGCCCCCCUAUUCUGCCUUUCCGGGCAUGCAGCCCUUGGAGAUGGUGAAAACGCAGUCGGGAUCCCCUUACCAGCCAGUGAACGGAAGCCAGGCAUUGGUUUACGAAGGCCAGAUAAACCAGGCGCCUGGGAUGGGAGCUUCUCAGAUGAUGGAUUCGCAGCUCACACAGCUCACGAUGCCAAUGCCUGGCUCCCAGCUCCCGAUGCCCCGUUACGGUUCUGGUCAGCAGCCCCUGAUUUUGCCGCAGUCGAUCCAGCUUCCCCAGGGACAAAACCUGCCUGUCGGAGCUCCUCGUCGGAUCCUCUCACCGGGUUCCCAGCCGUCUGUCCUUGCCACAAGCAGGGAGUCUUCCCAUUUGGAAAUGAAAGGGUUCCAUUUCACUGACGGUAAACAGAACAUGCCUACCGGAGGAUCCAUACCGUCACCGCAUGCUUACAGGUCCUUCGCCUGUUCUCUGUAUUCCACUUGUGUAUCUUUUGGUGAACAAAGUAAUCUUGAUCUUGGCAUAAUUCUGCGGCCUAGUUCUACCAGCCCAAGUGGAAAGCCCGCUGGUCCAGCCGUCAAUAUGACCUCCGUGCAAGGGCAUUACAUCCAGCAGGCGAAACAGCGGGUGGAUGAAAACAAAGCCAACCUGGGAGCCAUAAAACUGCAGGAACCAUCCUCCGCGAGCCAGAUGAAGCCAGUGCGCACCGGAGCCAUCAAGCCUCAAGCCGUCAAAGUGGAGGAGAGCAAGGCCUAGCUGACUGCGUCUCUCUGGACGCCUGCCAGCUUGUUCUACUUGGAC